GCUGCGGUCACCUGCAGAUGUCCGGCUGGUGGACUAUCAUCAGCGUCACUGGAUAUAUAUUGUUGUCAUAAAAGCUUUGAGCCAUGCUGACUCUUUUGCUCAUUUUGGCAAUAUCAAGCCAAGGUCAGUCAUUGGCGGACUCUGGCACUGACUUCAUCACGGCAUUCCCGGAGAACGUUGCCUACUUCUAUCCAGUCAUUCCAGAUAAUUCUCUCAACAUCACAGCUCUGUACAACGACACUGAAGUCAAUAUCUACUUCAAACGUUUACUCAAACUCACAAUUAUACUGCAACAGGGAGAGACCGGGGUCUAUCUUUUGCCUUCAGAUGUUGAAGAACAUAAAUUAGCCGUAUCCCAGAAAACCGUUAAUGUGAUCAGCAACAAAAACGUUGUGGUGCUGUCAAUAAGUAUGCAAGGAGAAAGUGUGCAGACCAAUGUCGUUUAUCCUUCUCAAAAUCUUGGCACAUUUUAUUCUAUCCCCCAACUAAACUAUGGUGAAAUGCUUUCCAAAUUCUCUCAAGCAACAAGAAGUAUCAGCACAAAAUACAGUUUUUUCAGGCUCCUAAUAAUCAAUCCUCUGAGCCUCACGAAUGAAAUCAGAAUCGUUGGGAAAUCACAAAUCGAGCAAUUUAAACUCCAACCCUACACUCUUCUCCAGCUAGCGCUCAAUGGUUCAGAAGUCUCAGUAGAGUCUUUAAAUAAUGUGGCAGUGAUAGUGUCCCACCCAUGUUUAGAAGUGACGUCAUGCAAAUGCAAAAUGAUGUUGAACCAACUUCGUCCUGAUGCCCAUUGGGGUCAAAGUUUUAUUCUGCCCCUCCUUAACAUUCCGACAUGGCUGCAUGUGACCUUAGACACCAUUCUGACCGAAAGUACGCUAGAUGCUGGGACUCUGGAGCGUAUCAAGUCAGGAGCCCAAAGCAUCAGCACGAUUUAUCGUGCUUCGCUCCGGCUUAUCAGCCCGGGCCUCAUCUUAGAAGUAAUUCCGGAAACAAUGUUCGCCGCCUGCUACCUAGUGCACUUUAGCGUGGCGAAUGGCAAUGUGUCAGUAAUAGCUGAAACACUCAGUAGCUCAGAGCUGUAUAUAGAUAGAAGCUCUCUGUCAUCCAUAAGCUGGACCCCUAUUGCUAAUACCAAGUACUCAAUUGCAUCAGUUCCUCUUCAAGGCAGGCAUGUCAUUUGGCAUCCAUCCUCAAAAAUUGCAGUCUAUAUGUUUCACAACAUGACCAGCGGAAUUCACCAUGGAGGCCCGGCUGUAGUGUUAGGUGAAAAACCAGACCCUGAUGGCUGUUCAAUAAAUCUUGAUGAGCUUACAGUCGCACCCACACCCAUGAGUUGGGCUCAAUCCCACCAGUACUGUACGUCCACAAGCGAUGAGUUGAUCAGUCCAUCCACUGUGACAGCUCACUCUGCACUGACUGAGUUUCUGAGAAAUGCAGCAGAUACUGAGCACUGGAUCGGCCUGCGUCGCAGUCUUCUUACAUUAGACUGGUACUGGCAAAAAGGGAACGAAAGUGAAGACCUGAUGGACACGCAGUGGGGCGCCGGAGAACCAAGUGAUCCUGUGCAGGGCAUGUGUGCUUCUGUAUUCUCAGAUAUGACUUGGAAAAGUGUGAGCUGCUGUUCUCAGUUGAAGGCCAUCUGCCUCAAAAAGUCUGUUUACUUUCCUUUGGAUAGUCCAGUUGAGGGUUUUCUAGUUUAACAUUUAGCUGUCUAUAUAUUUUAAAUAUAUAACAUACAUAUAAUUAUCUGAUGUAAACCUAUUUGAACUUACAAAAAUAGCUAAAGUUUGCACUUAUAAAUAGAUGUGAAAUGGUAUCUGUGGAGUUGUUUAUGACAUGCAGUCAAAAGUAUCUUCAGGGACAUUUUGAUUUUGCCAAACAAUUGCUAUAACCACAUAAAUUGUCUGUAUCCUGCAUCUUAUUAACAGUGUAAAUCUCAUAAAAUGUUUAUCUACAGAUUUAUUUCAAUUGAUAGCACUUUACCUCCUAUUAUUCUUAAACAUGUAUUUAUUUGAUAGGAUAUACAAUUGUAAUUAAAUAAUUGAAUUAAAGUGGAUAAUAAAUGUUCUGAUGUGAAUAAUGUCAACGAGAAGGCUUGUGAAACCGUAGACUGUAGCACGGGGAAUAGGUAUGACUCUCAUGUAAUCACCUCAUUAUGCAAAGUUUUGUGGGGGCACAAACUGUGCUUUGAAUACAUAUUGGGCAUGUAAAUAGGAAACACGCAGAAAUAAGUCAUUUUGUUCAGAGAGGAUUAGAGCUGUGGUCUCGUGGCAUCGGGUAAGUCUUGGUGGCACCAAAAAUCAUGCACUUUCUAGAUUUUUUUUAAUAAGGGGUUUAUGAAAUAAGGUAUAAUGAAAAUAUGGGGGUUUGUAUCUAAAUGCUUAAUAUGAGUUGAUUCGGAAUCUUGGACAAAAGCUCCAAGUCAAAUUCAUGGGUUCCAGUAAAUGUGUGUAUUGUGGAUGUUGUGUAUUGUUAGUUGUAUUUUUAAAUGUAUGCAGAGGCCAAAUGCCGAUU